AUGGAGCUCGAGAUGGUACAUCUUAUUGGUCUCCUCGGCGCACCCGAGUCUUUAUUCUUCGAGGAUGUCUUCUCCCUUGAUGAAGCCGAGCUCCUUCCCCGCCCUGCUGUGGCGCUGGUAUUGAUAUUUCCUGCAGGACAGGAUUACGAGGCUCGACUUGCCGCCGAAGAGGCUAGCCGGUCGAGCCACGCUUUAUCUGGCGGUCAUUCUGCCCAGGAGGUCACUUGGUUUCGCCAGACUAUUCACAAUGCGUGCGGUCUCUACGCCAUCUUGCACGCUCUGAGUAACGGGGUGGCGCGUUCAUUGAUCGAACCCGAAUCCAUUCUUUCUAGGAUCCUCGAAGAAUGCCGAGGGCUUGAUGCCCGGUCCCACGCACUCGUUUUGGAACAGUCCCAAGAGCUCGAGGACGCGUAUAACCGCGUAGCGGCCGAGGGUGAUACCGUGGCCCCGGAAAACGCCGAGGAUGAAGUAGACUUUCAUUAUGUAUGCUUCGUAAGAUCAAGUGAGAAUGGUCGCUUGUACGAGCUGGACGGUGACCGUCAAGGUCCAAUUGAUAGAGGGGCCGUGUUAGGACCAGGCGAGGACGUGCUCGGCGAGGGCGGACUCAACGUCAUCCGGGAGUACAUUGAGAAAGGACAGGGGAAUAUAGGAUUCAGCCUCAUGGCGUUAGUAAAUCGGCAGAUGCCGUAG